CAGUCUUUUGCCUGCUUGCCCUGUGGGACUGAGCGACUGUUAGAUCCUUGGACUUCCAUUCACAGCUACUACUGGGACAUCGUUGUGAAUUGGACUGCAGACUCAUCAGCCUACCUGAAAGCUACAAUGAGCUUCAAGGACCCACCAACACUCCAGCAGCUGGCAAGAAGAAGCCUGCUAAAAGAUGAAGCCUUGACUAUCUCUGCUCUGCCGAACCUGCCUGUGCAACUCUUCCCACCACUCUUCAAGGAUGCAUUCACCAGCAGACAACGUAAGAUCCUGAGCCUGAUGGUGGCAACAUGGCCCUUCCCAGUCCUUCCUGUGGGAGCUCUGUGUGGGAUUGAUCACCUGGAGACCCUGAAAGCUGUACUAGAUGGCCUUGAUUUGCUGAUGUCACAAAAGGAUCGACCUAGCAGGUGGAACCUACAAGUGCUUGAUUUGCGAGAUGCCCACCAGGACUUCUGGGAUGGUUGGGCUGGACUACUUCAUGAAGUCUGCUCUCAAGAUGUCUUUGGCAAGAACCAACCAGUGGGAAAUCAUCCCAUCCCAGGGGGGAAACAGACCAUAAGUAUAAAAAUGAAUCUUUCCCUCAAGUACUGCCGACGACACUCUCAUUGUGAAAACCUAAACUAUUUGUAUUAUUGGGCCAAGCAGAGAAAAGAUGUGAUACAGGUGAUCUUUGAGAAGCUGGAGUUUACAGGCAAGCACUGUCUCCGACUGAAGUUGUGGCGGUUGUUGAAGUUGUCUUUUGUAGCCUCAAUCCAGGAAUUGACAAUAAAGUCCAUACACUGGGAUAUAUAUAACCUUGCAUUGAUAGCCUCUUGCCUGGGCCAGAUGAAAAACCUCCAGAAACUCAUUCUCAUGAACAUCAGGAGACCUUCUUCCCUUACGGACCUACAGGAAGCCCGUAUUAUUACAGAGAUCUUUUCCGAGUUCUCCAAACUGCAUAAGCUCCAGCAUCUCUAUGUGAAUGAUGUCUACUUCCUGAAAGAACGCCUGGACCUAAUGCUCAGGUGUUUUGAGCGUCCAUUAGAGACCCUUACUAUCACUUAUUGCAAGCUUUCAGAAUCAGACAUGAGGUAUCUGUCCCAGUGUCCAAGCAUCCAUCAGCUCAAAUACCUGGACAUGAGUUACACCACAUUCAAGCCUUCAAGUCAUCGAUUUCUAGGAUUUCUCGGAAGCCUACUAGAAAGACUGACAGCUACUCUGCAGACAUUAAAAUUGGAGUGCUUUCACCUCACGGACUCCCGAAUCCGUGACCUUCUGCCUGGGCUGAGCCAGUGUUCCCAGCUCACUGAAGUCGAUUUUGUGGAGAACAAAUUUUCCAUGGUCAGCCUGAAAACGCUGCUGCAACAUACUGCCAACCUCACACAGCUGACCCUGGAGAAGUACCCUGCACCUGAUGAAGUCUAUGAUGACAGUCUUUGUGUUAUUCCAGACAGAUUUGUACAACUUUGUUCUGAGCUUAUGAACACACUCAAGGGUGUAAGGCAGCCAAAGCAGGUCUAUUUUGAGAGUACAAUAUAUUCACCUAAUUUUGAAUACCUCGUGUAUAAUUUGGAGGGCAUGGUAUCUUCUGAGCCUUUAAGAAGGAGAGGUCGUGGGAUGGUGAUAUAUAUCAGUGGGUAGGAACACCCGACUGCUCUUCCGAAGGUUAGAAGUUCAAAUCCCAGCACCCACAUGGUGGCUCACAACCAUCCAUAGCAAGAUCUGACUCCCUCUUCUGGAUUGUCUGAAGACAGCUACAGUGUACUUACAUAUAAUAAAUAAAUGAAUCUUUAAAAAGGAAAAAAAAAUUAAAAAAAAAAGGAGAGGUCAUUGCUGGGCUCUGAUAAAUGGAGGGCAGGUCUCAAGAGAUUCAUUAGAGUUAUAGAACAUAUGUAUUCAAGCAUUUUGGAAUGUACUUUUGGAAAGAUAAUUAUUUCAUUUUCUUUGAAUGUCAGUCAAAUUCUUCUGAUUUGAGGUAGUUGUGUUGAGAUGGAAAACCAUGACCUUAUUUUCAGCCUAAUGUCUACAGUACAGACACACCCUUUAACAGCAAUUGUAUCUGAAAAUUGUAGGGCUGCAUUCCAGCACUGUCUGAGUAUGAGGGACACUAGAAGUAGGGAAGGGGAUAAAGAGUGAGGACAUUAUAAAGAUCAUAAUGGACUUGAAUAGGAGGUCUCUGUUUCAUUCUCCCUGCAGAUGGCAUCCACCUUUUGGCUCUCCCCUUACUGUUCUAGAGUAUAUGGAUAUAUUUUUAUGAAGUAUAAAUCUGACUAAACUUGGAGUACUUUUGUAUUAGACUGUUAUCACUAUUAAGCUGUAUCUCUUUCUUGGGGAGGUCCAGUAGCCUGCUAUUAUCUUCUACCACCACUGUUACCAUUAUAAUUUCUCAUAGGUUCUAAUAAAUCUGUUUUGAAUAAGCAA